AUGAUCACGAUACGGCUGGUUUGUUAUAUUUUAUAUAUUUCGAACCUAUGUGUUUCGAUCCAUUGGCAACCGAUACGAAGGCGACGAAAUGCACUGGGCUUGCCUCAUAUGGCUCGAAUAGAACCACUAGGUUCACAUGAUCUUAUAAAAAAAGUAGCUGGAUCUCAAAUGAAUGGUAGGCCGGAUGAUAUGGACCUAUUCGGUGGUCCUCCCCCACCACGAGGAUCAGGGCCGCCACCUCCUCCUCCACCACAAGGAAUACCCGACGGACCGCCAAACCCUGAAGCAGGCCAAAUAAUGAGCAGUAGUAGUACCAAAAAUAAUAACAACAAUUACAAUGAUAAUGACGAUGAUGGUACUGACAAUAAUAAUACCUCCACUACCAACAACAACAACCCCAAUAAAGAUGGUCCAGAUACAGAUGAUCCAGGUGACCCCGAUAUCAAUAAUCCACAUUCCAAAGAUAAAAAGAAACUUAUUUUUUAUUCACCUCAGUUCCCAUUAGAUUAUUUAGGUGGUAAGAAUGGUUCAAGAUCAAAAGGAAUAAAUACUAACUAUGGUCACCAUAAUGGGCACCAUCACCACAAUCACCAUGGACAUAGAAAUCAUAAUGAUUCAAUUUUGUUAUCGGAUUACAUAUUGGACAACAUCUUAGAACCAUAUUCCAAGUAUUGUUAUGCAAACUUACUAUCUAGUGGCUACCUGAAUUUAAUGUUUAGAAAUAAUUUGAGCACACCAAUUUUUAUUAAAAAUAUUUCUCUGCAUACACCAACACUACUAAUUAGAUGUAAUGAUUCAUUUUUCAAUGCAACUAAUAACAUAACAUAUGAAACUUUAUCUUCAAAUUAUUCAAGUCCCGCUUCUGAGUUUCUAAGAAACUUGGCAUUAGAUUUAGAUUAUAAAUUGAGCAUACGCCCAAAUUCCACUAAAAGACAUCAUAAUAGAUAUUACUCAAAAAUAGUAAAUGUGAAUCAACCAAAAAGAGUAAUAAAUAAUACCGAUCACUUUUUAUUUAAGGCCUCCUUUAAUCAUAGUUUAGUAAUGAUAUUAUUCCUACAAACUACCUCCUGCGUUAGCUCAUACAUGAUUUUAUUAAUCAUUUUAUUAUUACCUUCAGAUAAUCGUAUUAGAACAAUACCCGUAACAUUAUACGUGAUCCUAUAUGUCAUCAUUCAAACUAUAUAUAUGCAUCAGACUGUGAAUAAUGUGUUUAUUCCGCAAUACAAUUUAAACAUUCAGGAUGUUGUGUUUUAUGAGAUGAAAAUUUUGAAUUCUGAUGCAUAUAAAACAUGUGAGCUAUUAAUACAUCUAGCCUGCAAUAUUAAUUGGAUUUAUAUUGUAUAUUAUAUGUUUCAUAAGGACCAAAAACCAUGUCGUAGAAAUACAGUCUUUAUGAAAAGUAAUACACAUUCCAACUCCAAUGUUGCUUUUAAUGAUAAAGACGGCACUAUAUCUAAUAUAACUGAUGAUUCUUUAGAACAAUGUAAUACAUACUGCUUUUGGUUACCUUCCUUUUUAAACAACAGAAACAGGUUCAUCGUUUCUGUAGGCAUUGUCUUAUUGCUGCUAGCUAAUAUACCCUUUGGAAUUCUAUUAUGGGUAAGAAACCUGUCAGGUGUGAGAUCUUUAUACAAAACUGUGGAAUGUUUAAUAUACACUGUUUUCUUAUGUUUGAUUUUCACCUAUAUAUGGUGCAAUUUUGGUAAUGUACUAAUUAGACAAAGAGUAAAGAGGAAAGGAAAACUUACAUUAAGGAAUAAGAUUAAAGUAUUAUGGGAAGAUUAUUACCAAAUGGUACCGAUCUUAAUUUACAAUUUUGUUUCAUUUGUAAUAACUUAUUUUUGCACAAUUUUCUUUACUACCAAGAAUAUCCAUUUAUCAAGAUGGAGGUUUAACUUUGUAUACCUUUUGAAUCUUUUAAUUACUGUGAAUAUAUGGGGCCUCAUUGGAGCUUUCGAGAAAAGAGAAAUUGCAUUAAAUAAAAAUACAAUUUUAGGAAGAAAAAUAGAUAACACAGAUCCAUUUUUCUUUGAUUCUAAUGAAAUGAGUCUUGUUUCAUCAACUCUCUCACGGAGAUCUAGGGAGUCAUUUGUUUCAGAAGCAAAUUCUUUGCUUGAAAAGGGAUCCAUUGGUCAAAUAAAUUCAAAACAAAAAAAAAUACAAAAACCAACUAAGAUAAGGUAUCCAUUUUCAUCUUGGAAAUCCAAAAUCAAUCGGUUAAAAGACAGUAGAGUAAGAAAUAAAAAUUAUCUAGGAAAUGAUAAAACAGAAAAGAGACAUUCUAUAAGAGAUGCAAUUAAAUGUUUUAAUCAUAAAUUAACGGUGUCAACAGAUGAUAUCAAACAUCAAUGUAAUGAGCUACUAUCCAUAUCUAAAGAUGAUUCUGAGAAAAAGACAAACCAAAAUACGGACGGCAUUAUUAGUUUUUGUACGUCAUGUGAAGUUGGUCAGGAAACGCAAUCUAUCGAGACAGAAUUGACCAGAAAUGUUAUCUACUAUCACGACCAAGGGGAGAGUUCUGGUAGCAUGUUAUCAAGAACACUAUCUGACAGUCAUGUACAUGUGCAUGUGGAUUAG